UCUGCUACUUUGUGGCGUCGUGUAUUUAAGCAAUGACAUUCCCGCUCACACGCCUGGGAGUGCCACCAACUUCAUCUCAAUGUCGUAUCCUGUAGACGCCGCUCAGCACAUCAUUGGAUACGCGGAUCCCCUCGUCGUCUCGCCGGGCGAGCGUGUUGGGGUCCAUGUGUCCUGUCACCAACCCUCAUACACCAACCGGCUCGUACGAAUGGGCCCCGGUCACUAUGACGCCAAUGCGCCGCCCCCAAGUCAUCACCCUGUCGCGAACGUGCAAUCUUCUAGCCAUCCCGGCAGACCCCAAUAUUCACGUCCCGGCUCGUUCGCUACAGUACCCUGGUUCUUAAACUCCAGCUCUGCUGCGCUCGACGCUGAACCAACUCUGGAAGUUUCAUUUUGGGUCCAGCCAUUCCUACCACGGGAUGCCGGCCAUGAACAAUAUCUAUUUUCUACGCUCGAGCCCGGUGGUCGCCUCGGUUUCGCAUCUUACAUCGCGAAGGAUGGAAACCUAACAGUCGCCGUGGGUGGCGAGCAAGGCCAACAAGCCGCCACCGUGCAGAUAUCAAUGCUACGACACGGCUGGUACUUUAUGAACUUCAGAUUCGACGCGACCUCACGAGUCGUUACCGUGUCUGCAAGGAGUAAGGCAACACAUAUUGUUGCUCAAACAACUCAGCAAGGAGCGGUUACAUUGGCGAAUGGAUUUGCCCUUGCUUCCUCGCAGCCAUUAACCAUCGCCAGCCAUUCAACCAAUGAGCGAGUGAGCAAUUUACCCGUCGACUCUACCACAUUCAAUGGCAAAAUCGAUAGCUUCAAGGUUGACUAUCUCGCUGGCGAAGACUGCAAUACUCUUCUCCAGCUCGAUUUCUCCAAAGAUAUCUCUUCAGAGGAGUUUCCCGACGUGUCGGGUAAUGCCAUUCGCGGGAAGGUUGUCAAUUGCCCUGCAAGAGGUGUCACUGGACAUGACUGGGACGCGUCUGAGACUGCUUGGAAUCGUGCCUCUUAUGGUUAUGGCGCGAUACACUUUCAUGAUGAUGAUGUAGACGAUGCAGCAUGGGAUCAAGAUUUUGAACUGUCUUUGCCCAAAGACCUUCCGUCUGGAUGCUACGGUAUCGAGAUCGAUGACGGGAAAUCUAAAGACACGAUUCCAUUUUUCGUGCGACCAGAUCUAGACGAGAAGGCGACAAAUAAGGUCGCCUUCAUCUUCCCAACAUUCACUUACGCAGCAUAUGCAAAUGAUAGAAUGUACGACACAACUCGAGAUGUUCACAUCGAUAUUCCCGGAUCAGACUCAGUACGUCGUAGUCGCCAUACCCACAUUUUGGAAUCACGCCCCGACCUCGGUGUUUCACUUUACGAUAGCCACAACGACGGCUCCGGUACCACUCACUCCUCUCUCAAACGAGUAGUACUCAACAUGAGACCAGACUAUUUUCACUGGGGAUUUGGUGGCCCGCGCGAGCUACCAGCCGAUCUUUGGUUCAUCGGCUUUCUUGACAAAGAACUCGGCUCAGGGAAUUACGACAUCCUGACUGAUCACGAUUUAUCGCGCUUCGGGACGUCGCUGCUACUCCGUUAUGAUGUGGUCCUGAGUGGCAGUCACCCGGAAUACCCUACAUAUGCUAUGCUAGAUGCCUACGAAGCUUUUCUUGCAGCAGGCCGAUUCUUUAUGUAUCUUGGUGGGAACGGGUACUAUUGGGUGACAGGCCACUCUCAGAAACCUGAACAGAAUCAUCGCAUUGAAGUGCGGCGAGCGGAUCAAGGGUGCAGAGUGUUCAGCCUUCCGCCCGGCGAUUGGUUUCUUGCAUUGACUGGUGAGCAAGGGGGUCUUUGGCGUAGUCGCGGGAGAACUCCCAAUCGAAUUUGUGGCCUGGGCUGCGAUGCUUGUGGGAUGGGACAAGGCGCACCAUACGGCAUCACUCCAGAGGCAAGAGAAGAUCCAAAGCUUCAAUUUCUAUUCAAAGGGUCCGGCCUAGAACACGCAGACAUAAUAGGGGAUUUUGGUCUUGUGCAGGGUGCUGCAUCUGGAGAUGAGAUUGAUCGACUCGAUUACUCGCUCGGAACCCCUGAGAAUGCGGUGAUCAUUGCUACAUCGAAGCUUGCAGGCGGACAUUCAGACAACUACGGAUUGUUCAAUGAGGAAAUCAUGUUCCCCAUGGUCAAUACGCUGGGCACGACCUCGGAUAAGGUAAGAAGUGAUUUGGUCUACUUUGACACAGGGAGUGGGGGCGCUGUAUUCGGUGUUGGGAGUAUCAAUUGGGUUGGGAGUCUUGCGUGGAAGAAUUACGAGAACAAUGUCGCCCAGAUCACUGCAAACGCUUUGCAUGAGUUCGUUAGAAGGAGCCUCUCGAAGCGUGGAUGA